GACGCGUGCCACCAUGAUGGAGAGUACUCUAUCUUUGUGCAUGCUGGGGUGUAUUGUGGUAAGCAUGGCUGCAAUCAUCACUUGGGCCCUGGCCCUCCUCUCAGUGUUUGCAACCACUCAGGCACGGAAGGGUUUCUGGGACUACUUCAGCCAGAGCAGCCGGGACAAAGGCAUGAUGGGCCAGCAGCAGAAGCUGGCACGGGAGAGCAUGAAAAACAGCUUUGAGCAAGACCUCUACAAUGUGAACAAUUUGCUAGAAAAGCUGAAUCCCUCCAGCGGGCCAGGUAAGGAGCCUCCCCAGCUGGCACAGGAUCCAGAAGGCAUGAGGAAGCAGCUGCAGCAGGAGCUGGAGGAGGUGAGAGCCCGCCUGGAGCCCUACAUGGCAGCAAAGCAUGAGCUGGUAGGCUGGAACUUGGAGGGCUUGAGGCAGCAGUUGAAGCCCUACACCGUGGAGCUGAUGGAGCAGGUGGGCCUGGGUGUGCAGGAGCUGCAAGAGCAGUUGCGUCUGAUGGGAGAAGACACCAAGGCUCAGCUGCUGGGGGGCAUGGACGAGGCGCUGAGCCUGUUGCAGGAAAUGCAAAGUCGCGUGCGGCACCACACCGACCGGGUCAAAGAACUCUUCCACCCUUAUGCAGAGCGCUUGGUGACUGGCAUUGGGCACCAUGUGCAGGAGCUGCACCGCAGUGUCGCUCCUCACGCGGUUGCCAGCCCCGCGCGACUCAGUCGCUGUGUGCAGACCCUGUCCCACAAACUUACACUUAAGGCAAAGGACCUGCACACCAGCAUCCAGCGCAACCUGGACCAGCUGCGUGAGGAGCUCAGUGCCUUCGUGGGCGCCAGCGCAGAUGGGGCAGAGGAUGGAGCUUCCCCAGACCCCCAGGCUCUCUCUGAGGAGGUCCGCCAGAGACUCCUGGCUUUUCGACAUGACACCUUCCUACAGAUCGCUGCAUUCACUCGCGCCAUUGACCAGGAGACAGAGGAAGUCCAGCAGCAGCUAGCACCACCCCCACCUAGUCACAGCGCCUUGGCUCCUGAGUUGGGACACUUGGACAAUAGCAACAAGGCCUUGAGCAGACUGCAGAGCCGACUGGAUGACCUGUGGGAAGAUAUUACCUAUAGCCUCCAUGACCAGGGUCAUAGCCAGCUGAGAGAGCCCUGA